AUGCAAGGCUGCGCACGCAUAUGGCGGGACACAGCAGUCUGCUGCUUCCAGCCCAUCCAACUCUGGCCUACGGAAUCAUCGGUGACUCCACGUCCCGGUCGAUGGUGGCUCUCUUUCAUCAGCGGAUUCAAGGUGCAGGCGCUCCUCCAUCCUCCCGUUAUGUUCGUUACUGUGGACGUAGCUCGGCUGGAGUCCUUAAUUUUCGCCUCUAUUUAUGACCGCGUCAGCGUGCUCUCUCCGUGCUGCCGAUCAAUCAAGCAUAUCGCCAUAUCAACAGUGUAGGGUCCUUGCCUCGAUGUAACCAUAUCAAAUAGCCUUCGCAUGGCCUAUCGCCUUCGCCUGCAAGCGGCUCGGCAGUAGUAUCCAUCUAUCGUAACAGUCCUUCAUGCUUGAAGCCCACUCUCUCCGCCAGGUGUGUGGAAGUCGUUUUCUUCGGAUAGACAGACGGUUGCAUGCGCCUGAAUCCGAGGUCAGGAGACGAGGCACAGGGUAUCUGUUGGCAGUGACGUAGCAGGACAGCCCACAGUGUUGGAUGCGAUGUCUGUGUAGCGCGAGCCUAUAGCCUACUAUUGUGAUUGGAUCGGGCAAACACGCAAACCUCAGUGACUCGUGUAAGGCUUCCUCUGCCAGGUUCCGGUACGGAUCAUUGGACGUG